CAGAUUGCGACCCCGGAGCGGUUGGCCGGGCUGUCAUGUGGCGGGGUGUCCACGGCUGCCUAGGGAUCCUUGUGCAGUGGCGGGUGGCGCCCUGGUCCCAUAGCUUUGCCAGGACUUGGAGUGGCUGUAGGGAGACGAUGGCUGAGGCACUCUCCACCCAGGCCAAAGCAGCGGGUUUGAAGGCUCUGGUUCAGCAUAAUGGAGACUCUGGUAGCGAUCAGAGCAGAGAGCGGCUCCUGGAGGGCCUGGAUCUGGCGGCGGUGGGGGAACAGGUUCCCGGGAGCCGGGAGCAGGGCCAGGGAGGCGAAGAGCAGGUCUCGGGGAACGCGGGGCAGACCCCAGCUCCAGUCGCCGACUCAGGCAAGAGGAAGAAGCGGCGAGGCGCCACCGGGGAACGGGUUGUGCCGCCCCCGAAGAAACGGCGGACGGGGGUCAGCUUUGGCGAUGAGCACUUCGCAGAGACCACCUACUACUUCGAGGGCGGCCUGCGCAAGGUUCGGCCCUAUUACUUUGACUUCCAGACCUACUGUAAAGGUCGCUGGGUGGGCCGCAGCUUGCUGCACGUCUUCAGCACCGAGUUCCGAUCCCAGCCACUGGAGUACUACGAGGCUGCAGUCCGGGCGGGACGCCUGCAUCUCAACGAGGAACCAGUUCAGGACCUCAGCAUCGUGCUCAAGGACAAUGACUUCUUGCGGAACACAGUGCACAGACAUGAGCCACCAGUCACAGCAGAGCCUAUUCGCCUGCUAGCUGAGAACGAAGACGUGGUUGUGAUAGACAAACCGUCCUCCAUUCCUGUCCACCCCUGUGGCAGAUUCCGACACAACACAGUCAUCUUCAUCCUAGGCAAGGAGCACCAUCUGAAGGAGCUACACCCACUGCAUCGACUUGAUCGACUCACCUCAGGAGUGCUCAUGUUUGCCAAGACAGCUGCAUUCUCAGAGAAGAUUCACGAGCAAGUGCGGGACCGGCAGCUGGAGAAGGAGUAUGUAUGCCGGGUUGAAGGGGAGUUCCCUGACAAGGAGGUGAUUUGCAAGGAACCCAUCUUAGUGGUGUCUUACAAGGUAGGAGUGUGCCGUGUGGAUCCCCGGGGCAAGCCCUGUGAGACUGUGUUCCAGAGGCUGAGCUACAAUGGCCACUCCAGUGUGGUACAGUGCCGACCACUUACAGGCCGUACUCACCAGAUCCGAGUCCACCUGCAGUUCCUGGGCCACCCCAUUCUCAAUGACCCCAUCUACAAUUCAACGGCCUGGGGUCCUUCUCGAGGCCAGGGUGGCCACAUUCCAAAGACAGAUGAGGAACUUCUCCGGGACCUGGUUGCAGAGCAUCAGGCCAAAGAAAGCCUGAAUGUGCUAGAUCUCUGUGAAGGUGACCUGGCCCCAGGACUCAUGGAUUCUACAGCCCCUUCUUCAAAGUUAGCCAAGAACAGCCUGGAAGAGUUGGCUUCAGUAGCCCAGAAGAUAGAGAGAAUAGCAGAGGCACCCUCUCAGGAUCUGGACACACCAGAGAAAGCAGCUAAAGCAGAAGUUAUGAAUCAAGAAACAGACCCACUCUGUGCAGAGUGCCGGCUGUCGCGACAGGAUCCCUUGCCCCAGGAUCUUGUGAUGUUCCUGCAUGCCCUCCGCUAUAAAGGGCCAGACUUUGAAUAUGUCUCACCCAUGCCAGCCUGGGCACAGGAUGACUGGCAGGAAGACUGAGGGAUGUGGCCAAUGGAAGAGUGGCUUCUUGGGUUGUAACGGGGCAGGGACCAAUCCCAUUGGUUGAUACUCAGGAUUUGGAGAAGAGUGAGGUUUCACUGUAAAGGAACCUGCUUGCUCUUGCUACCUCCUUCCUUUUAGCUCAUUUGAGGACUUUCAGGUCUGUAAAUAUAUCAUUUUUUUCUAACA